AUGAUAAGCAAUCAAUUCAAAGUUGAUAAUUAGAGGUUUGAUGAUGAUGAUGAUUAAAUUAAGCAGAGGUAUCUUAAGAUGAAAGGGAUUGGAACAUAUUAUUAAAAAUGGCAACUCAAUGCCUAUGUACACAUUAUGCAGUAGCAAGUUAAAGAAGUUAACCAAAAAGAAGCUGACUUAUCGAUGCUUGAUUCUUUUGAUUUGUCUGUUGCGAGUAAAAAUUUUUCAGCAGAGGAUUUACUUAACUAAUACAGAAGUUAGACUGAGAAUGAUGAUCGGAAAAUAUUGAGAUGCUGGACAUGCAGUAACGAGAUUGGCGUUUAAAUAGAGAUUAAAGAUGAAUUUGGAAUUCCUGAGAACCAGAUUUUUCUUGAUAAAAAGUAGUGCAAAAUUAUUAGACUAAAAAUUAGUGACUUAAAUGAAUUCAAUUACAGCAAUCUGAAAUAAGCUAAUCCACAAAUGAAUCUUGAGAAUAAUGAUUACAAUAUAAGUCUUGAAGAUCAAGCUUUUAAAGAAUUUAGUGGCAUGCUAGAACUAAGAUAAGAAAUUAUAAAUAAAGGUGAGCAAAGAGAAAAUAGGAUUAAAUAAAUUGAAAAAAAUUUCAACGAUAGGAAAUAAUGUAAAUGA